AGAAGAAAAAAAAAUAUUGAAAAGUUAAAAUUUAAAAUUUAUUUGAAGAGUUUAUAAAUACACUGCAAAAACAUACUACUGUAGUUCCAUGACAGCAGCAUGUACAAUUCACAUGAGAUAGUAUAAAUCAGCAUAUAUUUUGCAUAAAUUAAUAUUAUUAUGUUAUUAACACCUUUCCUAUUAAAGAAAUAAAGAAAAUCCAUAAAUUAAAAGAAUUACAUUCAAUUACAGAACGCUGCUGUGGUAGAGACAACGUUUAUAGCAUUGCAAAUCAGACAUGUUGCCGAAUGGACAACCAAAUAUUACCCCCCUACAACUUCACUGUACUGGAUGGUCUGGGAGAAUGCUGUGGUUCCUCCCACCUAUAUGACCCUAAAACACAACUGUGCUGUAAGGAGACCACUAGGGUUAAAAUACACAACGUGAGCAGACACGAUGUCAACGAAAGUUCAUGCUGUGGCUUGAAUACUUACAAUACAAGCGGUGAAGUUUGCUGCAAUAAGGUUGUAAACCCUAAAGAAUCAGGUAAACAAUGCUGUGGAAAAGGUCUCUACAUUCCAGACGACGAGCUCUGCUGUAGAAAUGAGCGAGUUUCAAAAGAAGGUGGCUUAACAACCUGCUGUAAUAAUAGAGGUUUUGACAACAACAAACAAAUAUGCUAUAAGUAUAGAAUCUAUGAUAAAUUUGAUAUGCCCUGUGAAAAGCCAGAUGUUUUGCGUUACACUGCAGUGCCUUACAACACGUACAGGGACAGUUGUUGCGAAGGCGAGAUUACUCAAGGCAUACCUCAAAAAAUUCAAGCUAGGGGAUGCUGUGGAAACAAAAGCUAUCUGGAAAACACUCACAUGUGCUGUAGCAGUAAUAACCAGUAUGGUUCAAACCCGAAUAAUAUCCUGCAUGAACGGUCAGCACCUGGUCUCCGGUGUUGUGGGGAAGGUACCUACAAUGUAGAGAGUGAGCUAUGCUGUUCUGAUACACCACAACCUAAGGGGUCGAAUGACACAGCGUGUUGUGGAACGCGCAGUUAUAACUCAAACACUGAAAUCUGCUGCCGUGGUACAGUUCUUUCAAAGACCCUUGGAGACGCUUGCUGUGGCAUAGAGGCAUACAACUCCUUAAUGGACACAUGUUGUGUCAAUAAUUAUGGAGAAACAGAAAUGUACAGCAACAAAAGAGGUCUGUGUUGUGGCACUUUGAUAUACAACCCCACAGAACACAUUUGCUUCUCUGAUUAUACUGGCUUUGAACUAGUUCCUAAGAUAGAAGAAGAUCACGAUGAUGUCUGCUACAGCUGGCAAAUGCCUCCUGUUACCUUCAACUCUACAAUACAGGUAAACAAGGACUUGUGUGUGUAUGCAACACCAGGGACUCCACUGAAUGAGGGAGAUUGUUGCAAUUCUGAGGGCUUCAACCCAGACACACAUAUAUGUUGCUCGGCCAAAUUGUACCUUAAAACUUCAACAGACAUGGUUUGUUGCGGUACAGACAUCAUGGAUGAGAAUGACACUACAAAAAUCUGCUGCGAUAAAUCAUUGCAAUCAACAGAACAUCAGAGGACAAUGUGCACGGGACAAACAUCCCACAAUUCAUCAGAAACUGUGUGCAAUGGUGUACGACAUCCUGUUGCUAAUGGAACGUGUUGCGGUAAGCAAAUCCUAAACAUUAGCAGUGAGAUCUGCUGUGGGAAUCGACCCCAAGACAAACAUAAUUCAACACAAUACUGCUGCGAGAAUGUCCGAUACACCAAUGAAACGGAAGGUAUGCAAUGCUGCGGACCGGUACUGAUCAACCCAACCACAGACCGCUGUUGUCAAUCAAAAUUCAUCUACAGCAAAGAAAAUGCCUCCAUGUGUUGUGAUCCUAACAACUAUGACAGAACCAGUGGAACUUGCUGUCAGGGGAUCAUGUAUCCAGGCAUAGAUGGUGGAGAAUGUUGCGGUCAGAGAAUUGUUCGUGAUCCAGAGUCUGAAACAUGUUGCGGAGGAGUGUUUGUGGAUUUAAUAGAGAUGUAUCGCUCAGGCUUCUUUUAUCCUCAAAUAUGCUGUGGUGGGGUAAUGAAACAUGCAAAGCACGAUCAAAGUGUCUGUUGUGGUGGAAAUGUAAUCAAUGGAGAUGAUACCGGCUGUUGCAAUGGACGACUUAUGAUCAAAGAGAGACAAAUAUGCUGUGGUGGCGAGGUUCAAAACCUAGCCCAUACCAAUGAAAAGUGCUGCGAUAACAAACCAUAUGACAACAGACUACAAGGAUGCUGUGACACAAUUCUUUACAAUAUUUCUGAUUCAAGUUGCUACAAUGAAACAGUAACUAUCAACACCAACAGUACAAACGAUGUCGCAGACAACAACACUACUGCAGACUACCAACCAUUAACUCAAGUAUCUCCAUCUCCAGUCGACAUCGGCGUCAGAGAGCUAUGUGUGGAGGAUGAGAGUCUUGGAUGUUGUUCAGGUUUGCGGUAUACAAAAUCUCAGCAAGGAUGCUGUAACGGCACCAUCUAUCAGCAGUCCGAGUCAACCUGUUGCGGUACAAGAGUUUGCCACCUUGCCAAAGGAACAGAGUGCUGUGACUCAACUAACUACAAUCCAGAAGAAAAGAUCUGCUGCCAUGGUAAGCUACAUAAAAAAACACCAAAUGCUGCAUGCUGUAAAACAAAGGUGUUCGAUCUAAGGAAAGAAUUCUGUUGCAAAGGUGUACCAAUACCAAGCAAAAGACUGACGCCUAAAUGGUCAGAGCAUUGCUGUCCAUCCGGCCAAGGAAUCAGCAAAUUAAAUGGAACUUGCAAAGAGGUGAACAGUAGUGAUGCUGGUUUAAUGGAUGUCGUCUUGCCAUUUUGCAAACAGUGCUCUAAUUGUCCCCAGGAUAGCAAGUGGAAGAAAUCAUUGAAGAGUAAACAUACAAUAUUCAGCUUCACGGUCGACUCCUGGGUGGCCAAGAACAAGUACAUGGACAUCACCGUUAGCAAAGUUAAAAUCAUUAAAAAAGACAAAACAACUAAGCACAAGAACUUAACUAAACUUCAAUUGUCCUCCAAGUGCACAUGCUGUAGACUGGAAACUAAUGUACGAUACAUUGCUAUGGUAACUGAAAACAUCAACAGCAACUCAUUUCGACUCAGCAAAACAGACAAAAUUUAUAAAUCGCAUAUAGAUCUUGAAGAAAAGAUCAGAAAGUACAUACGGAGGAAGGCAGAGUUGAAGGAAAACUUUGGUUGAAAUAAAAAAAUACAACAAAUUUGUCACCAACUAUGACAUCACAAAAUUCCCUGCUGGGUAUGAUUACAAUAACAAAUACCAAAACUCCUAUUCUACAGCACUGGGCUGUUUUGAACGCUGUUUAAAAACUUGACUAAUAAAGUCAGCUUUAAGAUACUUUAUAUAACAUGUGUAUACUGUGAAUGUACAAUGAAUUCAUCAGAAAACAUUUUAUUUAUUAUUAUAAUAAGACGAUAAUUACUGAGAGUAUAAAAACUGCUAAUCUUGGCCUAGGUCGGAAAACACAACAACUUUGAUGACAAAUUUGAUGUAUUUAGCUCUAAAUUAAAUUAAUAUAUUUAAACAUUAUUUAAAGUAAAAUCCACAUACGCAAUAUGAUACAUGUGGGAUAUAAGCAUUCCAUGGUGACUGAGGCUGGAAGACCAAAUACAAAUUGUAUUCAGGGUGUGAAGUGACGUUUCCUGAAUAUACAGCAUAUUAUUUAACACACUACCAUAGUAAAUAGCAGAAAAUAAAUGUAAGGAUCAUCUCAAAUCAUAAAUUUUACAACCCACUGUCCGUAGGAAGUUAGCACUUGAUGAAAUAAAAAAAAAUCAUUCCAGAAUAAUUGCUGAGAAUGGUUUUUACCACUUCAGUUCUCUUAACCUCUGCCAGUUCUUAAUCUCUGCCAUGUAUACUUAUGCUAGUACAGGGUACAUGCAAUUAUAUUUAAAAAUUAGAUUAGAAUGUUUAUUAUCCAAUCAAUAGGUUAACUUUUGAUUACAAUGUUUAGAGGAUUUACUUAUGGUUUCAACAAAUACCGUAAAACCUUGAAUAGAGUCCCUGGGAUUCUGUUGUUAGGACCUUUGUAUGGCUUCCUUUUAAGAUGGGCCUCUUUUUGAAAUGGGCUUCUUUUUGAGAUUACUUUUGCAAACUAAAGAAAAUGGCUUCUUCCAAAAUCAGUGCUGCAAAUUGUUUAAUUGCUAUUAUACAACUAUGAAAUUCAAAAAUCUGUUUAAUGUUUUUAAAAAUGUUUCACCAUGCUGGUACAAUGAAAUAAUACUGAUACUGACAUGCUAUCAUAAUAAUAAAAAAUAACGUCAAUAUGAAUGUAAGAACUAUCUCAAAAGAAGCCCAUGUUAUGUUGAUUAAAAGCACAUGAGCUUCUUUUCGAGAUUAAGACCAUAGGGUUAUAUGUUUAUAAUAUAAAUAUAAUAAAUAUAUAUUUACUGUAGUUAUAGGUUAAUUCUGUUAACAGUAAGAAAUAUGGUAGGCUCUUACAUUAAGAAGAAACCUGCUCCAUUUUAAAGCAUGGGCAAAUAGUAUUUUAUCUGUCCAUGAUUAAGUAAGCUCUAGUGGCUAUAUGAAGAAAUGGUAUUUAACAUUUAAAAUAGGUCCCUCUAUUACCAUCUGUAAUGUAUGGUCUUUGAUCAUUACUUUAAAUUAAGUUUAGUAACGUUUAUUAUUAACUUUGAGGGCUAACUGUGUAUUAUUUUCAAUUUGGUGCAUUAUAAGGUUUUGAUGAUUAAUAGCGUCUUUAAAACUGGACCUAAUUUAAUUUACUAUGCACAAUAAUGCUUCUUGAUUUUUAAAAAUUUGAUUAAUGAUAUUAUGUGGUAGCACCCUCUAGAUACCUUAUGUUAACACCAAGGGUUAACACCAAGGGGUUAACACCAAGGGGUUAACACCAAGGGGUUAACACCAAGGGUUAACUGCGUCUUAUUUUCAAAUUGCUGCAUGAUACGGUUUUGAUGAUUAUUAUUUGUCUUCAAAACUGGACAUAAUUUAAUUUACUAUGCACAAUAAUUCUUUUAUGAUUUAAAAAAAAUUUUAUUAAUAAUAUUAUGUGGUAGCACCGUCUAGAUACCUUAUGUUAACACUAACAUCACCAUGUCAUUCAGGGUAGUAUUAUUUGUCGACUGAAAUUAUGUAAUUGUGAUAUCAUUGUAGUCUGUUGAGUACCUCAUGGAAAUAAAAACUGCAUGCAAAAGAA